AUGAAGAUCAUUCCGGUGGCUUGCUUGGAGGAUAACUAUGCCUACCUGAUCGUUGACGAGAGCACCAAGGCGGCGGCGGCCGUCGACCCGGUGGAGCCGGAGAAGGUGCUGGCGGCGGCCAGCGAGGUCGGCGCCUACAUCGACUGCGUCCUCACCACCCACCACCACUGGGAUCAUGCUGGUGGCAAUGAGAAGAUGAGGCUGCUGGUGCCAGGGAUUAAGGUCUAUGGGGGAUCCAUGGACAAUGUUAAAGGCUGCACUGAUCAGGUGGAAAACGGAACUAAGUUAUCCAUUGGGAAGGAAAUUGAGAUACUGUGCCUACAUACGCCAUGUCAUACAAAAGGUCAUAUUAGCUACUACGUUACUAGCAAAGAGGAGGAAGACCCAGCAGUAUUUACUGGAGACACCUUGUUCAUUGCUGGUUGUGGGAGAUUUUUCGAGGGUACGGCAGAGCAAAUGUACCAGUCCCUUUGUGUUACACUGGGCUCGCUGCCUAAGUCAACUCGUGUUUACUGUGGCCAUGAGUACACUGUAAAGAGCCUACAAUUCAUGCUGACAGUCGAGCCAGAGAAUGAAAAAAUGAAGCAGAAACUGGAAUGGGCUCAAAAGCAGCGUGAGGCAAAUCAACCGACGGUUCCCUCAACUAUAGGAGAUGAGUUUGAGAUAAACACCUUCAUGCGUGUUGAUCUGCCUGAAAUACAGGCAAAAUUUGGUGCCAAGUCGGCAGUUGAAGCGCUGAGGACGGUCAGGAACAUCAAGGAUACCUGGAAAGGUGGCGUUUACAGCCGUGCGAUGCUUUGA